GAAUCCGUGAACGCACCAGGAAUCAGCUCUUUAUGCAUGUUAUGUAUUUGUUUACGUCAAACAUUAAAUGUCUACAAUUAGCUUCCAAUUUGUUUUGGUUAAUACAAUACCUUGAAAGAUACAAUUCUGUAAGAAAAUCAUCAAACUACCUCUUGUUAUGGGUCCUCACUGCCUAGAGUGCUGUCUGAAACCCGAAAUACUCAGCAACUGAAAGCUGUCAUGACUGUAGUGAUUGGAUUUGAGGGCAGUGCCAACAAGAUUGGUGUGGGCAUUGUGAGGGAUGGGGAAGUACUCUCAAACCCCAGACACACCUACAUUACACCCCCUGGUCAAGGGUUCCUGCCUAGUGAGACAGCCAGACAUCACCGCAGUGUCAUCCUAACAGUUCUGAAGGAGGCGCUGGAGGAGGCAGGGCUGAAGCCUGCUGACGUUGAUUGCGUGGCAUACACAAAGGGACCAGGGAUGGGUGCCCCCUUGGUGACGGUGGCUCUGGUGGCACGCACAGUGGCCCAGCUGUGGGGGAAGCCUCUCCUGGGUGUCAACCACUGUAUUGGCCACAUUGAGAUGGGCCGCCUCAUCACUCAAGCCAAUAACCCCACUGUGCUCUAUGUCAGUGGGGGUAACACACAGGUGAUUGCAUACUCUGAGCGGCGCUACAGGAUAUUUGGUGAGACCAUCGACAUUGCAGUGGGCAACUGCCUGGACAGGUUUGCUAGGGUGAUAAAGAUUUCCAAUGAUCCCAGCCCUGGGUACAACAUUGAGCAGAUGGCCAAGAAGGGUACACAGUAUGUGGAGCUUCCAUACACAGUGAAGGGGAUGGAUGUGUCAUUCUCUGGGAUUUUAUCCUAUAUCGAGGAAGCAGCUGGGAAGAUGUUGAAAUGUAAUCAGUGUACAGCAGAAGACCUGUGCUUCUCCCUACAGGAGACCCUGUUUUCCAUGCUGGUGGAGAUCACAGAGAGGGCCAUGGCUCACUGCAGCUCCCAAGAAGUGCUCAUCGUUGGAGGCGUUGGCUGUAAUCUGCGUCUGCAGGAGAUGAUGGGAGUCAUGUGCAAGGAGAGAGGUGCAAAGCUCUUUGCUACAGAUGAGAGCUUUUGUAUCGAUAACGGAGCAAUGAUUGCACAGGCUGGCUGGGAGAUGUUCCGGUCCGGUCAGACGACUGAGCUGUCAGACUCUUGGAUCACUCAAAGGUCUACCAUAUUGUGCUGUCAUCCAGUGACAAGAGAAACAUUGUUGUUGGCAGGUACAGAACAGAUGAAGUGGAGGUGACCUGGAGAGAUUGACAGCUCACUACCCAACAGCCUGCACCCACCUUCCCUUUACCUGGAUUGUAUGCAUUGUGUCAUGAUGGAGGGAAAGAAUGUAGAAAUAUUCUAUGCCUCACUUCUAUUGUUCUGAACCUCUCAACACAACAGUUUUUAGCCACGUGCAUUAGUAUUUUAGGCCUAGAUUAAAUCCGGACUGCAGAAAAUCUGCGUUAUAGCGCGAUUAAAAUGUAAAGGCAAUGUUCCCGCAUUUGGAGAAAACACCUUUAUCUUUCGAUUUGUUUUUGCUUUCUCUAGCGCUGGAUUCAAUCCGUAUCGCAGAAGAUCCGCAUUAAAAUAAGUCAUUUCUGAUUGAGCCAACAUAUGCAGCGUUUACCGUGAAUGAAGUCACCGCGAACUACGCCUUUAAAUUUCAAUAUAAUGCAGAUCUUCCGCGAUACAGAUUUAAUCCAGCCCCUAGUCCACAAUAUAGCCACGUUUAUACCUGGUGUUAACGUUUCCUGAUCUUGUCAACAUUCUGAUUGCGCCCAUAUUUUUUGAGAAGUGUAUACGAUUAAUAGAAGUGAUCAGAUCUUCCCGACCACCUGCUGAGAGUCAGUGAUGCGUUGUAAUGUAGCUAGAUUUCUUACAACUAAACAGAUCUGGAUUAUCAAACCAUUUAAAUCAUCGACAGGUGGCAAUAUUGGCUUAACAUUAAAUAAAAAUGUGCAUUACGCUGAAAUGUACCUUUUUCAAGGAUGGAGAUCAGAACCUGUGAUCUUCCUAGCCCAGUGCAUUGCACCAGCAGAGGUGAGGGCACUAUGCCUUUUCCCCACAUAUUUAAAGCUGUUCAGGCAGAAAGUUAGGCAAGUUUGGAACUCAAGACGCAACAGAUUUUUCCCCUCCACCCACUGAGCAUUUAUCCAAUCAAGUUGUCCAAGGAUCACAAUCAAGUUGUCGGCUUUAUUCAGUAGUUCAGCGCCAUAGAAAUUGAAAGGCAAUGUUCUGCGUUACCAGCACUGCAUGUCGGCUAAAUUGGAAAUAACCUUUACAUGUCAAUCGUGCUGAACUUCAGCGACAAGGAUAGAGUCAAGCCCUCAGUUUACUUAAAGGUAAAUACAUUUUAUACUUGUCCUUAUUAACAAAGCAAAUAAUGCUGUGGGUUUUAUGUAUCGUAUGUUAAAAUGAUGAGCAUUACCAGUAAGACCAUGGGGCAUGUCAAGUUCAUUCAAUUUUAUUAUGCAAUACUGUUCACUUGUCCUCCAGUGUAUUUUUUCUAUAUUUCAAAUUUCAAAUCAUAAAAAUUGAGCUAGUGUGAUCAUGAGUAAUCAUAUGGAUUCAUGAGUAACAUUCACCCAAUCAGGGUACAAAAAACCAAACCAGCAUUAGGAUCAGACAGGGGAAGGGUGCGUUCUUAUUGUGCUGUCUGCACCCCUGUAAACUGGAGACAUGAUUACACAUCUGUCCCGUGUAAAAUACGGUGAAAUAAGCAGGUAUAACAUUUUCAAAUUUGUGAAAAAAUAAACACCUGGUAGGGUAGGCGUACCAAGGAUUGGUCACAACAGAUUAGAAAGUGCUUGACGGAUCCCUCACAAGAGGACAAAACAGAAAAUGUCUGAUAAAACUGCAGUUCCUCACAAUAAAAUGACAGCUCUUAAGAUUGUUAAAAGACCAGCUCAACACGACAUUAAAACCAAUCAUUUUGAGCUGAUAGGAACUCCAGGUCCAAUUCAUUAAGGCAGGCCUUUGGUUAGAAAAGUCCCUAGUUGUGGAUCUCAUCAAGGAGUUAGUCCAAAGUGUCUCAGUGUGGCUUUGUGUAAAGACAUCGACCUGAGUGUGUGUGUGUGUGUGUGUUGUGGCAGACAGGUCCAUGCGUCACUAGGCUGGCUGGUCCAGGGAGUUCUUAUACCAAACUACCUUAUUGGGAUCUGAAACAGAAAAUAAGACAGCAUUUAGUGACAGGCAGCAUUGUCAAACCUCUCAUGCUGCAGCCCCUAAGGGCUAGAUUGUAAGGACUUCUGAAAAGGGAAACCCACUAGAUAAAAAAAAUCUCAAGUUGUAUCCUUCCUUUAGAACCAGUAGGGUACAUGAUACAAAUGUUUUUGCAGAUGAGAUGCAGCAAGUUUUAAUGAUGUCACUAGUAGGAACUCUCCUAGAUCCAAAACAAUUUGCCUACCGUACCUACUGAUCAUGCUGAAUAACCACAAACACAGCGCGUGAAAAUUGUGUUAAUUGAUUUCAGUAGCGCUUUCAACACCAUCUACUUAUUGAGAAGCUGUUGGAUUAUCAGAUUCCUUGUAAACCGUAGUCAGGUGAGAUUUAACCCUGCCAUCUCUUCAUCUAGAAAGGUUAACAAGGGAGCCCUGUAAGGUUGCGUACAAUCACCGAUACUGUGUCCACUAUACAGUAACAGUUGCCAAGCCUCUGGCCCAGCCCAUGGAUUCUUUAAAUAUGCGGACGACACUCGGCUGGUGGGAUUCCUUAAAAUCAUAUCAAGCCUCCCCUGAAGGUCUUGACAGAGAAACAUCCAAAUUCAUCCAGUGAUGCUCAGACAACUCCCUUAAAAAAUAAACAUUAACAAAAAUUAAGAUGGCAAUUGAUUUUAAAAAAAUAUGAAGAACCCCCCCCCGAAGAGCAACGGGGAAUCAGUUGAUAGUGAUAACAUAAAUAAAUACCUUGGAAUUGAGAAACAACCUGAAAUUCAAUGACUGUGCCCUCAAAGACAGAAACUACAGGAGAUUGUUCUUCACUGCACUGCACGCAUUGAACUUAUUCUUCUACGCGUUUAAACCAAAGAGUUUUAUAACUAAACCAAGAGACCACAGCCCGUCGUUUCAAAUUGGAACAAAUGAGUCAGUAGUCCAAGCGGAUCCUUCACAUUUAUAUAUCAGUCUCAUCGUUCCAUCUGUGUUUAAACCAUCUUGUAUUAUUGGGUGUUUUUACGCAUUAUGGUGGGAUAAUAAAAUAUCAACGUUUACCAAAUCAAACCAUUAAAGAGAAUUUAAUUUUUGAAGUAA